AAAAAGAGAAAAAAGAAACGUAGACAGCGGGGAAAAAGGAAGAGGGAAAAGUCGAACGCACGCAGUGUUAAUCUUCGCAAGAGUAUUCCUUUAAAUCACGUUUUUAAUCGAGAUCGUACAAGAGGAGAAGCGUUAGAGAUAUGUCGUUGGAAUCGUCUCAUGCUACUUUGACGACACUCGUGCUGUGGGCAUGUUUAAGUUUCAGCCUGGCUUCGGAACGCCCACUUGCAGAAAGCACCACAACCGUGUUGCUGCCUAUGAAAUAUUUUAAAUCUAGGGCGGACACGUAUCAGGCAAUAUCGGGCAUAUCUAAAGAAUCGAAAGAUACGAAGAACCAGGUUGUUCGUGCAACGGGAAACAACAGGUCACCUGGUUCGGUCGCAGUCAAUUUUCAUCGAUUGCCACCGUCUCCGGCGAAUUUGCUGAAACCCGAUGGAUUUCAAUUUUACACGUACAACGAGAGAGGCGAUAUGAUCACGAGGCAAAUGACUAUGCAAGAGAUUCAAGCUUUGAUCGCGAGUGGAGGUCCGGAUCAUUCUAACACGGAGAUUCAAGAGCCCCAAAAAGCUGAGGAUAUACUUACGGGAGGAAAGAAGGUUAUGGACGUGGUGGAAAAAGUGCAAAGCGUACUGAAAAGCGCUAUGGAUAAACCGUUAUCGACGCUCUCUGGCUCGCACCCGAUGAUCCCAGAAAACGUAAACGUCGAGUGGAGCAAUAUUUUACCAGCUAUUUUAGCCGGUGACAAAUACGGAAAUAAGGUCGAAGAAAGCCACUACGUCGAAAAGCCAACAUCGAAACCGUCGUCAUCUGCCAGCUAUGUCAUACACAAACAGAAUGAUUCGGUUUCCGAUUCGUUCAAGCCUGACGUAAGUGAAACGGUUGCACAGGCGAAACCCGACGAUACUAACAAAUACACGAACGAACGAAACGAGCAAACCAAGAAGAACGGAACGCUGCCGACGAUUGCUACGAAACCUACGACUAUCUCUUAUACGGAGAAAUUAAUGAUCCCGGUAUCUGUCAUCACGACUGAGCAAAAUGUCGAAUUGAUGGCUCACAAUCGUUAUACCACUCAGAGUUCCAUUUUGCAUAAGGUGACUGGAGCGUCACCGUUGUCAGAAAGUACUACUACUUACGGAUCUAACGUUCGGGACGAAGAAAACCUGGCGUCCACAAGUGCUAUUACAAAACCAACAACCAUCGGCGUUUCUGUUUCAUCGACCAUAGGCGAGUCCAUCAAAAACGGUCACGAUAACAUCGGUCUAACGACGAGUGAAACGUUAGAGACAAAAUAUAAUACAUCGCACAUCGAUGAAACUGUUACCGAUCAGACCGAUUCGUUGGUAACACAAACGAAAACGAAACCAACGACCGAUAUUUCGAGCCAGGAAUACGAUAAAGUUCCAUUGAAAACGCAGACACCGUCCAUGAUGGAAGCGAAUCAAGUUCAAGACACUAAGGAACCGUUUAGCAAAUUGCCAUCGCAGUCUUCUCUACCGUUUACCAAACCGCCGUUACAAUUUUCUGUAUCUUUUACGAAAUUGCCACCGCAGUCUUUUGUAUCGUCCACGAGUACUCCUGCAAGUACAAAUAAAUAUAGAACAACAACAUUGGUACCAUCGACGACGAUACACGACACGGUAACCAAACCAAGUGAUCGCUUAAGCGAGCCGAUCGAGCCUCAAAAAUCUUCUCCAUCUAUGGAGCUGGUGAAUUCUUUAUCAAACGUGAUCAGUCAAAUCUCCAACGACGUUUCUCCCGUGUUAUCUUCCUCUUUCGGGUUCCAGUCGAUUCCCAGCGAAAACGAGGGAAAACGUAAUGACAGUUCUGAAAUUACAACGUAUCCUUCCACGACCAACGAUAACCGACUAGAAAAUGCGAAUAAUACGUCCGAAGAACGUAUACAGGAAUCGUCUAGCGAAAUGACGAUGAAGUUCGAUCCUGAUCACGAGAAGAUUUCUUCCAUUACUAUAUCCGCGCCGAUUGUAUCGACGAGUACGACAGAGCUCGAUAAAACGGCAAACGUUUCGGAUAUUUCGACGAAAUCUGAUAGCAUACACGUAUCGAGUGUUCAGACAAAUGCGACAGAGCCAACGACGAAUAUUAACGAGACACCGGUUACUAGUUCCAACUUUUUACAAGCGAUAGCGCUUAUCGAGAAUAUGCUUCAUACCGCCUCACCUGCAACGAAUAGACCCGUUAUCGAGACAAUCACCUUGCCGACCGAUUUAUCGGAGAAUUUGUUACCUAACACUGUAGCGAGCUCGCUCAUCGCUGAUUCUUAUUUAUCCAAUUCGAAGACAAACGAAACACAAGCUGUAUUCAAGGAGACAACAGUGUCAUCUGCUGAGAAGCUCAACUCAACAGAGACUGUUACGUCAAAUUCGGAGUUGUCUACAUCGGUUAACGAGGAUAGCACGAAUGAUACAACGAAGAAAGGUUCGACAAACGAGAAUGAAAUUUAUCGAACGUCGACAACAAAGGACGACCUGUUUACCGACCAGCAGAAAAUUGAAUCUUCGCUAUUAAAAAACGAACUGUCCACCGCUUCGGAAACUACGACAGCUUCGGUAGCGUCGUCUAUCCUUGAUGCUACUGUAAAAACUACCGUCGCGGAUGGAAUGUCAACUUCCUUCGCGAAUAACGCGUUUAACGAACAGACAUCGACUUACGAGACGACAAUAUCGAGUAACGAGGCUUCGACAAGUACGAACACAGGAACCAUAAUUGCGAAUGCUGAAAAUAUUACCGAGGGAGCAUCGCAGAACAAUGAUAAAACUUCUACAACAUACCUGGAAUACACGACAGAAACGUCGUCAGAACAAGACAAACAAACAUUUACGUAUCAAACCGUGAUAGAUGAAUUGUCGAAGAACUUGAGCGAAUCUAGCACGGUCAUCGCGAAUUUGUCUAACGCAGAGGAGCAUCCAGUGGAGAGUUCGACAGACAAAAUCGUACUGCAAAGUCCUUUAAAGAAAACUGAAGAGCAGACAAAGAAUGAUACGGUUCACACGAUCGUGAACCAACAGAAGAUCAACAUUUCGGAAAACACGACCAUGAACCAACACGAAACUGACAUCUUGAACAACGCUACUAUGAAUGAACAUAAAAUUAAUAUUUUGAACGACACAGCCGCGAACCAACACAAAAUUAACUUUUUGAACAACACAGCGGUAAACCAACAUAAAAUGAACAUUUUGAACAACGCAACCGCGAAUCAGCAUAAAACGAACAUUUUGAACAACGCAACCGCGAGUCAGCAUAAAACGAACAUUUUGAACAACGCAACCGCGAGUCAGCAUAAAACGAACAUUUUGAACAACGCAACCGCGAGUCAGCAUAAAACGAACAUUUUGAACAACGCAACCGCGAGUCAGCAUAAAACGAACAUUUUGAACAACGCAACCGCGAGUCAGCAUAAAACGAACAUUUUGAACAACGCAACCGCGAGUCAGCAUAAAACGAACAUUUUGAACAACGCAACCGCGAGUCAGCAUAAAACGAACAUUUUGAACAACGCAACCGCGAGUCAGCAUAAAACGAACAUUUUGAACAACGCAACCGCGAGUCAGCAUAAAACGAACAUUUUGAACAACGCAACCGCGAGUCAGCAUAAAACGAACAUUUUGAACAACGCAACCGCGAGUCAGCAUAAAACGAACAUUUUGAACAACGCAACCGCGAGUCAGCAUAAAACGAACAUUUUGAACAACGCAACCGCGAGUCAGCAUAAAACGAACAUUUUGAACAACGCAACCGCGAAUCAGCAUAAAACGAACAUUUUGAACAACGCAACCGUGAACCAGCAAGAAAUUAACAUUGCGAAUAAUACAAUCGUGAGCCAACAUAAAAUGAACAUUUUGAAUAACACAGAUGUGAACGAACUUAAUAUUUUAAAUAUUAAUAAAAUGAAUAUUUUGACUAAUACACCCGAGAAUCAACAUAAGAUCAAUAUUUUGAACAACACAACCACGACACCUCUCAGCGAUACGAAAUCUUCCAUUGUCUCGUCUACUCCUGGAUCGAUAACCACUGCUCUAAAUUCUAUCACGGAGGAAUCAAACGAGAUCAAAGGUAGCACGAUGAAUUCGGUAGAUUGGAACAGAUCGGAGAACAAAACAAAAAUUCCCAUUGAAAUAUAUUCGUACAAGAGUAAUGUCAGUAUGAAUAACUCAAUAGGAACGCAGUUGUUGGGAGCCGCAAGUAAAUUACACAAUAACGAGUCGCACAUAAAUCAGAAGAUGAAUGAUUCGCCAAGUUCGAUGUUGCAGAGCAAAACGAAUAACACGAGCAUAAAUCAGCACACGUGGCAGCGGAUAUCGUUGCACCAAGUAAUUCCAUCGUCGACAGAAUUCAUCACGGGAUCUACCACGUCGACGAAACACUUCGAGGCAUCGACAUCGACAAUGUCGACGAUGGUGGACGCGAGUUCGACAAAAUAUCCCUCAAAUUAUCAAUCGACUCCCGUGAACAAAGCGGAAUCGACUGUUUCCCUAAAUGCCUCGAAAAGCGUCGGCGGAUUGGAUACUAGCACGAGCAACGCGAGUGCCGAUAUUGUCAAUUUUUCGAGGCUUUGUAACGAACUAGCAAUUAAGUUUUGGGUCGCGGCGAACAGCGGAUUGAGUACUGGAAGAUCGCUCGUUCUUUCACCGUUUGGCAUGACUAGCCUGUUGGCGAUGAUCUUCCUCGGUGCUCGAGGAUCAACGUCAGACCAGAUGAACGAAAUACUUGGACUCGACAAUGUGGCCACUUUCAAUCCGCAUCUUAUUUUCCAGAACGUAACGGACACGGUGAGCUUGGCGAGGCACCAAGGUAUCGCGAACGCGGCGUUUGUCCGCGAAUUAUUUGCGGAUAAAGCUAAGGUGAGAAGAUUGUUGCCGUUCUAUAAGGAGCAAGCUCAACAAUUUUACGAAGGAUUGGUGACCGAAGUAAAUUUCGCUACUAUCAGUGAUCUCGUGCGUCGCCGAACCAAUCUAUUGAUUAGGAAACAGACUGGAGGUAGAAUAAAGGAUUUCGUGAAGAGCAACACGGUUCCUCUAAGAUCACCACUGGCUACAAUUUCAGCAAAUGUGUUUCAGACGGAUUGCAACACAAGUUCCGCGAGUACAACAGGUCGAGACGGGGAAUUAUACUUCGCUGUCUCAGCUGCUCAUAGAUUGAGGAAGUUGAUCCCCGUUCCGGCUACCGUUUGGCGAUCGAACGUUCUUGCCGGUUAUGAGCCCAGUUUGGAUGCGACUGUUAGUGCUAUCGGAAGUGUGGAUAAGCUCGUUUCGACCAUAUUUCUCGUACCAGGUCAACAAGGUCAUGCUGCACCCGGCGAUACUUUGGAUCGACUGGAACAAAGGUUUAUCAAAGAAGCUUUUCAAGAUGGAGCUUGGGAUAAGCUGCUGAAGGUUCUUAUACCUAGACCGAGCCUGGAAUUACAAGUACCCAAAUUUAGUCAUCGGUCCAUUGUGAACGCUACUGCUGCUUUGAAGAGGAUGGGACUCGAUCAGCUGUUUUCGACUAACGCUGACUUCAAAGGGAUCAAUGGAAUUGGAAAUCGUCUCUUCUUGUCCGACGUUUUACAGAUGAAUCUGUUCAGUACGUGCGGCGACGAAAACAUCGCUAAUGGACGACAUCACAUGGAAAUUUAUCCAGCAAGUCCUACUUUACGAAAUUCUCGACACAUCGACGAACAAACAUUCCGUAGAAUAAGACGGACAGUCAAUAUGGAGCCGGCAAACUAUCGUACAGUUUCGUUCAAGGAACGAAUGAGAACUGUAGAAAGAUCAGAAGAGAAACCGAGAUUGAAAUUGGACCAGCCGUUCCUUUAUUUCGUACGCCACAAUCCAACGGGUCUCAUACUUCAUAUAGGCCGUUUCAAUCCUAGGUUAAUAUAAAAUUAGGACGUAAUGCUAGCUUCGUCUCUAUGUAAUACUUGUGUAGUUAACCUCGCGUAUUCUUAUAUACAUAUACUUUCUUAUAUACAUAUGUAUAAUCGCAUUAGAUAUUUCACGCGAGUGUUGCCACAUUUAUUAUCUUUAACCCUUUAGUAGUGUAAUCUGAGAGAGAUUCAGGCAUGCCGUCGAAUAACGCAAUUAUUAAUAUUUAUUUCGUCCAAUGAAAAUCCGAACGUAUGUAUCUUUUUUGUAUUUGAUAGAGUAAGGUAGGUCUAUUUGAUAUUUCAGUCAAGUGCGAAAUUCGGAUAUGAACAAUUUUUAAGCGAGUGUGUCACUUUAGUGUGUCAUUUUAGCUAAUCGUUAUUAGCUUAGUUUUAGUGUUUUUUUUAUUUACAAUACGUUCAAUCGACUGAUUUAGGGAGACAAGAAUUCCAAUAUAAGUGACGAAUGUUAUAGCGUAAUGUUGCUUAUACUAUUUACUACAUACAGGAUGAUUUUAAAGUCGCGGUACGCCCGGGAAAGUAAGUUAAAUAUAUACAAUUGAUCUUUUUCGUACGAGGGUUCGUUUUCGAGAAAACGAAAUUCGAAAGUUUAAGUAUACCUGCACUUCGAAAUCGUCCUGUAUAAUUAAUAUAAUAUCGUCGGCGACGAUUUAAAUAAUAAUCUAUGAAGCAGUAUCACAAAUGCUCGUGUGUUACCAUCAGGAAACUUAGGAGUUUCAUAUCCAAAUCGCAAUUCCAAACUGAUCAUAUCGAAAAUGCAAUUUAACCAAGUUUGAGCAAUUCCUUUGUUGGCAAAAUUCUUGUAAAAUCUUUACUGUCACGAUAUGCAUAUGUUUGCCAAGUCAUAUUCAUUAAAUUAAUUUAAAAUUAAUUCAGAAAAUGCUCUCGCGACGCGUUAUUAAUAUCAUUGUUCUCAUUAUAUAUAUAAUGUAUUCAAUUUUUAUUGCAUUGGAUACCUAACCCUCCUGCGCUCUUUAGGUUAUUUUCGACUGAAUCUUAUUUUUCUAUCGUUACAAAAAUUCUUAAGUGUGUAGGAAAUAAGAGACAAUCGUCGUUAACGUAUGUAAUUUCAAUGGUAUUCUAAUUAUUUUCUUAAAACAUUAAAAGCUCUUUUCCGAUUGGAACGAAAGCGACAUCAAGAUAUGAGAAACUCGAAGAUUGCAGCAGGGUUAACUUACGCGUCUAUGUUGAUAACGACGAUAACAAUUAUGUUUUAAAUGCAAAUUUAUUUUGUUCA